AAAAAGAUUUAGGUCGUGGGAGGAGUGUGAAGGUUUUAUAAGUGUAUGAGUCAACCAACAAGAAUUUCGUGUUAUCAAAGAUCAUAUACUUCGUGAUGGAAAAGUCAUCCAGCGCCAUUCAUAUAUCUGUUCUCAUGGACGUACCUACAAAUCCAAUUCAACUAAGGAUACUUGGUUCCACUGAAAUUCCCAAACCUAAAAUACGAAAUCAACGACAUUGCAGAAAAUGUGGGAAAGUUGGCCAUUAUCAAAAGAAUUGCAAGGAAUAAGAAGUAUAACUAUAACAUUUGGUGGAACAAUCUGUUGGGGUAAUUACUUAGAGUGUGUAAUAAGACAUUAAUAGAAAAAUGUAUAAAAUGUAUAGAAAAAUAUAUUAAUACCAUAAUGCUAAGAACUAAUUAAUUCGUACAAUUUAUUGCUAUAUUUUUAACUAAUAAAAUCACAUGAUAAAUUUGCUAAACAUGUGACAUUUGAGAACUGGCGAUA